UCCGACGGCUCGCGCUUUUUAACACGUGUAACCCGUUAAUGAGCCAACCCCGUUAACCCCGCCCGGGUGACGGAAUCAUCCACAUGAAGGAAAGGAAACCGAAAGCUUGAAGGUUUGAGGCUCCGUUUGAGACAGUGAACAUGGGAAAGAAAAGGGGGACGGACAAGAGCAAUAGAGAGGAGGAUGACAUCGAACUGACCGGUCCAUCCUGCAGGCAUAUUAAGAAGGGGACAGACCAAACUCUUCUAAAGAAACUCUCCGGGAACUCUGAUUGGACGAGUUGCCAGGAUUGUGAGCAUGAAGAAAGUGAAGAGCAUCUCAGCACCGCCGCGGCCCGGGACUCUGAAGAGGAAAAAGAAACAGCACCCAUAUGGAUGUGCUUAAAAUGUGGCCAUAGAGGAUGUGGACGCAACUCUGAGAACCAGCAUGCCAUCAAACAUUCUGAGACUCCUCGGUCGGAUCCGCAUUGCCUCGUGAUCAGUCUGGACAACUGGAGUGUGUGGUGUUACAUAUGUGAUGAUGAAGUCCAGUACUCCAGAACGGGACAUUUGGCUCAGCUGGUGACCAAUCUAAAAAAGCAAACCUCCGCAGAUCCCGUAAAGAGACCGCAGAAAAGAGUGAAGGAGGAAGACAGCUUGUUGGAAGUUGAUCAAAAGACAGACACUGUAAAAGCAGAGAAAAGUGAGGACACAGAAAACAAGGACCACCAAAAGAAAAAUGCCAAGGAGGAGAGUGUUGGGAAAUCCCAAAAGUCUGGCCCACCUGAAGACAAUGGUGGUUUUUCAGUGAAGGGGCUGAGCAACCUGGGAAACACAUGUUUCUUUAAUGCAGUCAUUCAGAAUCUCUCUCAAACACAGCUCUUAAGACAGACUCUGAACGAAGUGACCAAAGAGAAAAUGAGUGUAAACAUUAAACCUGUUGCCUCAUCAGACCUGGAGCCUAUCAUAAUGCAGUUAAACCAGCCUGGAUCCCUUACUUUGUCUAUGUGUCAACUACUCAAUGAGAUCCAGGAAACCAAGAAGGGUGUGGUAACACCACGGGAGUUGUUCACACAAGUUUGUAAAAAGGCUGCCAGGUUCAAAGGAUUUCAGCAGCAAGAUAGCCAGGAGCUGCUGCGCUACCUUCUGGAUGGGAUGCGAGCAGAGGAGAUCAAAAGAGCAAGCUCAGGGAUCAUGGAGGCAUUGAAAGGAUCUAGACAAAUCUCAGAUGGAGAGCAGCUGAAAACAUUGGUUAAAGAGUAUGAGAAAAAUGGUUUUCCAAAAAACUUUGUUGACCAAGUUUUUGGUGGGGAAACCACCAGCACCAUAAUGUGUCAGCAGUGCAAAACGGUGUCUGUAGUCACAGAGAUGUUUUUGGAUCUUUCCCUUCCUGUUUCUGACGAGGCAUUCAGAAAGAAGAACCAGAAAAAAUCUGUUCACAACACCAGUGAGUCAAGCCAGGAGGGCAGGACCAGCCCUGCUUUGACCAAACGGAUUGACUACAUUCCAACCGGGUCCAGCAGCAAGUACCAGCAGAAGAAAGCCAAGAAGCAGGCAAAGAAGCAGGCAAAGCAUCAAAAGAGGCAGCAGAAGAUUGAGGGCAGAGUCACUUUGGACAGUCUCUCAUCUCCGAGCCACACCGAGAGCGAACCGACUGAUUCUGCUGCAGAUGACAAGGACCAUGACCAGGACACGCGUGAAGAAGCCUCACUGAGGGAAGGAAAUCCUGCACGAGCCAGUGUGUCUGAACAAGACCAGAAGAACAGUGACAUGGUCCAGGAUGAGAAGGAAAACGAAGAGGAUGAAGAUUCAGUGACCGACUGCGACUCAUCAGCUACAUCAUCCGUCAACAACCGCUUUACCGUCUUAUCAGAGGAGCAGCACUCGAAGGAGAGCGUCUUCGACGAUGACAACAUAUCUGACAUGGAUCAGGAAGGAGAAGAGGACACGCGGCUGGUGAGUGAAAUGGAGAAAGUAACCCUGGAUGACGCCUUCAUAGAAGAGCCUGAUGCCGUGGAGCAAAGAAUGGAGAUUGAAGAUGAGCCACUGGAAGCUAAAGAGUACACUGUAGUAAGUCAGGACCCGGAGCUGGCCUUCCAAACACUGGCUACCAGGACAGCCCCUGAGAAGCAGGAGUGUUCAGUCCAGUCAUGCCUUUUUCACUUCACAGAAGUAGAAACCCUCACACAGAACAACAGCCUGCUGUGUGUCACUUGCACUAAACGGCAGUCAAACAAAGACAAAGCCGGAGAAUCCAAGAAGAAUGUCUACACUGAUGCUUUGAAGCAAAUGUUGAUCUCUUCCCCCCCACCAGUGCUUACCCUUCAUUUGAAGAGAUUCCAACAGAAUGGAUACAGCAUUUGUAAGGUGAACAGACAUGUCCAAUUCCCCCUGAUUCUGGAUCUAGCUCCUUUUUGUGUGGUUAAAUGUGAGAACUUGAUGGAGGGAGACACUCAGGUUUUCUACAGUUUGUACGGCAUCGUAGAGCACAGCGGAACAAUGAGGUCAGGCCAUUACACGGCGUAUGUGAAAGCACGACCCGAGUGCCCUAAGUCCUCAUCCAACGGACUCACAGCUGAAGGACACGCUGAGCCGUCCAGAGGAUCCUGGUUUCAUAUCAGCGACACAAGCGUCCAGCCCGUGAGCGAGAGUAAAGUCCAGAGUUGCCAAGCCUACCUCCUCUUCUAUGAAAGAAUUCUUUAAACCGACUGUGCCUCACUACUCAGGAAAUCCCAACCACCUACCGGCUGCUUCAGGGAUCUAAAACGGUUAACCAACCAGUUUUGACUCAAACUGGGCUGUUAUCAAAUGUUAUUGAUUAUGCAGAAGCAACAGUGUUGAC